ACAAUCAGCUCUUUCAUUCAAACACGUUCUCCGCACCGUUCACCGUCGAGCGAUUUCUUUACUUAUCCAGCCCGGAAUCAUUUUCCGCUUCACGCGCGUAGCCGUCAGCCUAACCACAGCUUCGACCAGGAUAGUUCAGUGAUGUCGACCACCAUUUCUUCGAGUAUGGGCGUUCCGAAGUUCGACGCAGAGCCCUGGAGCACGAACUUCAACCUAGAUUUCCACUCGCCAAAAGCCGCGAAAAAGUCCCGCAGUUCCGAAGAGCUCAGCGACAAUUCCCCCUGGGCCAACGACGCUGUGUCCGACUGCCUGACCGAGCUCACGCUGGGACUUCCGGAACCUCCCGUAGUUGCGACAGAAAAGCCGUCGCUUUCCAACUUAGGCGACGACUUGCUUCUUCACAUUUUCCAGCUCGCUCAGCCUACCGCGUGGGACCUCUGCCGCAUGGCGUGCGUCAACAAGACGUGGCGAGAGCUCUCUUACAACCAGAUAUUCUGGACCAAGCUUCGGAUCGGACCCGGGAGUAUGCGUCCGGGAGUGGAGCAGCUCGCAGCGCGCUGCACGAACCUGGUGGAGCUGCACAUCGACGACCCUCGCUGCGAGCUGCACGUGCUUCACCCGAUCAUCAUGGCCUGCGGGAAUUCUCUGCGACGAAUUGUUAUCGACUGUGACCGGGAUAACACGAGCCGCAACGAGGCGUCAAUCUGCAGCGUGCUUUGGAUUGUGAGCUUGUACUGCAGUAAUGUCGAGAGCGUGGAGCUCAUUUCCGACGGGAAGCAAGGGAAUUUCACGUACUUGGAGAACAAGGCCAUGUGGUACCUCACAUCCGGCUUCCGCCACAUUCGCAGCUUCGCCUGUCUCUGCCAGAAUAGCCUGUCGAAGCAAGCCAUUUACCUCAUGGUCAUUGCGUGGCGGGAAUUGACCUGCCUUCGCAUCCAUUGCGGAGCUCUCGGAACAGACGACCUCAUGGCUCUGCGAAAAUGCUACUCUCUGCGGGUGCUGGAGCUUGUCGGUGGUAACCUUGGGAAUCUCAUUAGCGACACCAGCGCUACCAGCGAAGCUGUGAUGCAUCGAGACCUCGAGAUCCUGGUGCUGACGAAGAUGGUGUGUGGCCUGGAAGACAUCGCGAAGGCCUCGUUGCUGUGCCCGAAUUUGGCGAAAAUCGUUGUGCGACAGUCCUCGUUACAAGUUGGUGGUUCGAAUGAAAGUCCAGCGGUCCGGGCGAAAGCCGUCAACGAGUUGCGACAGUGGCUGCUCGCGCGACGAAAUGUCGAUCUUGUUGUGGACGAGGCUUGAAUGGCACACAAGAGGAGCUUGUUGUAGCAAUGCAGCAGCUGGCUCUGUGGCGGUUGAGUUCGGUGGGGCAGGAUGUGGCAAGGCGAUUGGACCACAUGACAAGCUCCCUGUGCGACUUGCCACAAGGCCAACAACAUUCUUCUGCACCUGUGUGCAGUUGAUUGGCUAGGUCGGUACGCGCGAACAUUUGUGCCUCCUCCUCCGCGUAUCCCUGACCUUGUCGCACUCGCGCACGCGAGAGCACUGUCGUCGACAUCCUGCUGGUAACCAGUUGGGCUGCAACACCGAAUCCUCUAGUCUCCGCGUUUUGCGAAACUUCACACCAUCAAUCCCAAGGGCCAGUGGCAAGCAGCCAAUCAGUAAGCAGCCCGCCAAGAGAAGAACACGAACUCAAGGAAACCGCGUUUGCCAGCUGAGCCACCAACCCAAGGGAAAUGGCAAUCCCAAGGAGAUAGGCAGUGCUGCUACUGCUAAAUCAUCUCCUGACAAAAUUUCCGACUGGGCUUGAAUUGAAAUCUUAUUACAGCUUCCUAGCUAGGGCCUUAUGCUGCUACCCUCUGAGAUAGUAAACAGCAUCUACAGCCAUCUUAAAUCUUAUUGAUAGCUUGUGAGUAUGACGAUCGUAUUGAGUUGUUGUAAACGAUCUUAUCAGAUAGACUGUAAAUGCGACGUGACGCUGCUCGGCAAAGAUUUUAGACGAACGACUUGCUCAGGACCCAACAUACCGUAGGCAAGAUGUCACUCAAGAAAGUGGCGACUCCGUUUUACGAGGUCGACUUAGCAAGACAUGUCGUGCUCACUAUGUGUCCGCGUGUUCGCGUGGUCAUUUUGUGUUCACCAUAUCAUGCACCACAUCGCACCUGAAAAGGUCGGCGAGAGAAAGAACGAUGUCAGCAUGCGCGAUUCCGGGGAGGGAAUUUAUGGGGUUCCGGAGCGACGAUGUCAUCACAGUCAAGCUGACGGAGGAUGUUAGAAGCACGAUUCAGUACCUGCACGAGGGAAUGUCCUUGAGUGCCCGAGACAAGGCUCGCCUGGCUGCAAACGAGAGCAGGUCGAAGAGCUCGUCCGCGUUGGACGGCGCUCGCAUUCCCAGAAUCAAGGGCCCAGCUGCAAGUGCAACAAACAGAAAAUCGCAGAUCAAGCAGCUGGAGUUGGGAGUUGACCAUUCCCAAUUUCAAGAGCUAGAAGUGGUGAUGAAACAAGGUAGG